AUGAGUGUGAAGGAAUAUGCUUUGAAGUUCACACAAUUAUCUAGGUAUGCUCCUACUAUGGUUAGCGACCCUAGGGCAAGGAUGAGUAAGUUUGUUUCGGGAGUGGCCGAGAUGGUAGUCAAAGAAUGUUGUACCGCCAUGCUCAUCAAUGCUAUGGACAUUUCUUGUCUAAUGGUGCAUGCUCAACAAAUAGAAGAAAAGAAACUUAAGGAGAAAUCUAGGAAGGCAAAGAAGGCAAGGACUAGUGAUGGUGAUUUUUCACAUUCAAGGUCCGAUGGACAUAGUCGUUAUAAGUUCAAACAAAGGUUUUUUGGUCAAGGUUCCUCCAAUACUCCUCCUAAAUUCAACAAAGAUAUGGUAUCUAACCCUAAACCUCAAGGAGGAAAGUACCAAGUCUUGGAGUACCAAAAGUGGGUCAAACCACUUGCUAAAAAGUUGUUAGAGGUUUUAUUGAAGGGUCUCAAUGUCAAUGAAAUCGAUGAAUCUUUAGAACCUCUCUUGAUGGGAACUAUGAAUAUCAACAUGAACUAUUAUCCACCAUGCCCAAAUCCAAGUAUCACCAUGGGGGCUCGCCCACACUGCGACGGGUCCUGCAUCACUUUGCUCUUCCAAGACGACACGGGAGGCCUAUAUGUACGAGGGACGAAAGGAGGUAAUUGGAUCCACGUAAAUCCAAUCAAAGGCGCCUUACCGGUUAACAUAGGUGACUUUUUGCAGAUCAUGAGCAACGAUCGAUACAAGAGUAUCGAGCAUUGUGUAACAGUUGAUUCAAGCAGGGCUCGAAUAUCUGUACCGCUAUUCGUGAAUGCUAGCCUUGACAGUGUCAUUGGUCCAUUUCCACAAAUGCUGAAAGAUGGAGAAAAACCAGUUUACAAACAUAUCUUGCAUUCUGAUUAUUGGGAUUAUUUCUAUCGUAAAAGGCCUUCUGGAAAAGCAUCACUAGAUUUUAUUAAAAUUUGA